AUGUUAAGCAAGAGGACAUGCAUCCCAAGAAUAGCAAAAACCUUAAGAAGGAACUAUGCCUCGUCUUCGGUGGCUACAUUUGCAAAUCCAAACAUUGAAAUGACUACGUUACAAAAUGGAUUAAGAAUAGUAACUGACAGUACUCCGGGCCAUUUCAGUGCAUUAGGAGCAUAUGUUGACGCUGGAUCAAGAUUUGAGAAUCCAGAGAAACCAGGUCUUUCUCAUAUUUUUGAUAGAUUAGCAUGGAAGUCUACGGAUCAAUACAGCGGAGUUGAAAUGAUGGAGAACUUAUCGAAGUUAGGUGGUAAUUAUAUGUGUUCAGCACAAAGAGAAUCUAUGAUAUAUCAAGCUUCCGUCUUUAACAAGGAUGUGGAUAAAAUGUUUGACUGUAUUGCUCAGACCAUUCGAGCACCAAAGAUUACUGACCAGGAACUUGUAGAAACCUUGCAAACUGCAGAUUAUGAAGUAAGUGAAAUUGCUUUGAAACAUGAUAUGUUUUUACCGGAGGUGUUACAUUGUUCAGCAUAUUCAAAUAACACUUUGGGGUUGCCAUUGUUUUGUCCCCCUGAGAGAAUCCCAAUGAUAUCGAAGGAUGAAGUAUUGAACUAUCAUAAAACUUUUUAUCAACCACAAAAUAUUGUUGUUGCAAUGGUAGGUGUUCCCCAUGAUCAUGCUGUUAAGUUAGCUCAAUCUCAAUUUGGAGAUUGGAAGUCAUCAUCUUUGCAAAGACCAGAUUUGGGUACUGUGAACUACACAGGAGGGGAGAUAGCAUUACCAUACCAACCUCCAAUUGCAGGCAAUUUACCAGAACUUUACCACAUGCAAAUUGGGUUUGAAACAAAUGGUUUGUUAAAUGAUGAUCUCUAUGCAUUGGCUACGUUGCAGAAAUUGCUUGGUGGAGGUUCUUCAUUUUCGGCGGGAGGACCUGGUAAGGGAAUGUUUUCCAGAUUAUAUACUAGAGUUUUAAAUCAAUAUGCAUUUGUCGAAAACUGUAUGAGUUUCAAUCAUGCAUAUAUAAACUCUGGUUUGUUCGGAAUUACAAUAUCAUGCUCACCUAAUGCUGCCCAUGUAAUGUCACAGAUUAUUUGUUUCGAACUCUCUAAGUUAUUAGAGAAGGAUCCAGCUGAAGGGGGUCUUACUGAAAGAGAGGUUAAGAGAGCUAAAAACCAGUUAAUCAGUUCAUUGUUGAUGAAUGUCGAAAGUAAGCUUGCUGCUUUAGAGGAUUUAGGUAGACAGAUCCAAUGCCAAGGCAAAUUAACAACAAUUGAUGAGAUGAUAACAAAGAUUGAGAAAAUAACUGUUGAGGAUUUAAGAAAAGUUGCGGAAAAAGUUUUGACAGGUAAUGUUGUUACCAAAGGUAUCAGUUCUGGUAAGCCAUCGGUAGUAAUGCAAGGUGAUAGAGCAGCAUUCGGUGAUGUUGAAUUUGUUCUUCGUCAUUUUGGUUUAGGGAAAUUUGAUGGACCUCCUUUGACUAAACCAAGAGAUUUCUCUAGUGGUAUUGGCAAUAAGAUAAGUAAAUGGUUUUAA